GUUGAGCGCAAGGAGAACGGGCUUUGGAGCAGGCCGCGGCAAUUCACACUGAGGCUUGUUGAACUCAUGAAGCUGCUUUCUCCCGAGCUCGGCCACUCAAGAGGUAGAAAGCGCAAGUGAAACGAUGUCAGAGUUAAAGAAAGAAACGGCCUUUGUGAACCCAUUUCGCAGUGUCAAGUUCUUCGUGGUGUGCCAAAGUUUCCUGCAGCUGACUCAGCUGAUGACCUCCGGCUACAUGAAAGGCUCCAUCUCAACCAUCGAGAAGCGCUUUGGAUUCUCUAGCCAGACGUCUGGACUGGUGGCCUCCUUCAACGAGGUGGGAAAUACGCUGCUGAUCGUCUUUGUGAGUUACUUUGGGACCAGAGUCCACCGGCCCCGAGUGAUUGGUUGCGGGGCCAUCCUCGUCUCCAUAGCGGCAUUCAUCAUUUCUCUUCCUCAGUUCAUAUUGGGAAUCUACGAGUACGAUAGAUCUGUUUUGGAGAGGUCAAACGCUACAGAUCUCUGCCUCCCUGGAGAGCCGGACACGUACGUGCCUGAACAGUGCACAGGGAACAGAGCCAGUGAAAGCAAAGUGGCCCUCUUCCUGCUGUUGCUUGGGCAGGCGCUGCUGGGCAUCGGCGCCGUUCCCAUCCAACCGUUUGGCAUCUCCUACAUUGACGACUUUGCCAGUAAAAGCAACUCGCCUUUCUAUUUGGGAAUCAUCUUUGCAGCUACCACCCUUGGGCCAGCGAUAGCCUUCAUCCUGAUGGCAGUUAUGUUACGCAUCUACGUAGACAUUGACAAAGUCCCUACAGUGGAAAUUUACCUCAACAAAAAAGAUCCGCGCUGGGUUGGAGCCUGGUGGCUGGGGUUCAUCUUCACCUCUGCUCUGGCGGCCCUGUCAGCAGUGCCUUACUUCUUCUUCCCAAGAGAACUGCCGAAAGAGGAAGAGAAUCCACAAAAGGUGGCUACAGAAUCAACCAAGAGCGACCUGCUAGAGGAGGAUAAAGAGAAACUUGAGGAUCUCUCUCUGUUGCAGUUCAUCAAAAUGUUCCCUGUGGUUCUGCUGAGAAAUUUCAAGAAUCCCUUUUUCGUCAUGGUGAUUUUGGGGCUGAUCAACUUCUCCGCCAUGAUUGCUGGCUUAGCAACGUUCCUGGGAAAAUUCCUGGAGUGGCAGUUUACCCUCACGGCAUCGUAUGCCAACAUGCUCAUCGGCACCAUCAAUCUCCCAGCGGCCAUGAUGGGGAUCUUCCUGGGGGGCGUCAUCAUGAAAAAGUUCCACUUGUCCCUCAAGGACAGCACCCUCCUGUGUAUCGCCAGCAUGGGCUUGUGCAUUCUCUUUGUGCUCCCCCUCUUCUCCCUCGGAUGCCCUACGCAGCAGGUCGCGGGCCUUGACUACACUGGGAGUGGUGGAUACGAGGUAUACUUUGCCGACUGUAACCGAAUGUGCAACUGCUCUGCCGAUGUCUUUAACCCUGUAUGUGGCCAGAAUAACAUUGAAUACAUCUCCCCCUGUUAUGCCGGCUGCUCAGCACUCAAUUAUGACGCUAUACAUAAGAAAGUCUUGAAUUACAGCAGAUGUAGCUGCGUCCUCUCCAACGGGGGUUUGGGAUCUGCUGCCCCCGGAACCUGUGGCUCCUCCUGUUCCCAUUUCCUGAUGCCCUUUGUGCUGCUCGUCUGCAUAUCCGGAUUUCUGGCAAGCAUCUCGCACACACCGGCCUUCAUGCUCAUCCUCAGGAGUGUCAAAGCGGAAGACAAGUCUCUUGCCGUUGGGAUCCAGUUCCUCUUGCUAAGAGUUUUUGCCUGGUUGCCGGCCCCAGUGCUCUACGGCAGCAUCAUUGAUACCACUUGCCUCCUAUGGCAGCGGAAAUGCCAGAAGAGAGCCGCCUGCAGAUACUACGACAGCACCGCGCUCCGGCACAGCUUUAUCGGCACUCAAGUGUGGUUCGAAGCGUGCUCCUUUUUCUGCUUUGUGGUCGUGUACUACCUUUUCUGGAAGGAGGGGAAAUCCCAGCAAGGGCAAACACAAGAUAGCCCCCUGGGUGAAGUACCAGAGGCUGAACUGAAAGUUUCACCCCCGCAUCAGGAUUCCCAGGAACUUGCUGGCCAAGUCGAGGAGCUGAGCCCCGUGGGUGAGGCCUGAAUCGCAGCGGCAAUGGAAAAGGCGGACACUGAGGACAGACGGGCAUUGCAUUGGCAUUUUUCCUCAUUUCUUCCUUUGUACGCUUUGGAAUUAGCUGCCCGGCUGCCAUCCAGCGGAAGGCUAGAUAUAAAUGUGAUUGAUCUAUAAAUAAUCUGUCUACCAGUCGUAAUAUCCCCACGCCCCUUGCUUGUCACCAAAUGCCUCAUUGAACGAAAAGCCAUAAAUUUCCUUCUUGGGAAGAAACCAAAGCUUUCAUUUUAGCGUCCUCCAGCAAAGAAGAAAUCCAGAACUGGGGGACAAAAGCCACCCCAGAAUGCUGUUUAGAUGCAUCCCGUUCUUUGCUCCUUGGAGGCAAACGAAAGGAUCCUCUUUGCUGGCUAUGCUAGUACUGGAAUAGCGGUAGGGAAGCUGCCUCUAGGAGUGAGCAGUUCCCAAGCUGAAAAUGUACACAAAAAUCAUUGUUUCGGGUCAAUACUGUGACUUUCUAGAACGGUAACCCAAAUCCAGCAUUACAAGACGUGCCCACCCCCAAUCUGUGUUGUCUUUCAUGCUGAGGCGCUUACCAUCAGGCAUCUUGUUUUUCUUUGAUUCUCCGAAUUUCCCAGACAGUGGCAUUCCCCCCUUCCAAUCGGAUCCUUGCAAAGGAUCAGGAGGUGAGCGCUCCCAGCCAAUCACCUUUGGAGACAAGUCCAAGAGAAGGAAUUUGCAUGGAAGAGUCUGUGCUGAGCUGUGAGUGCUCAGGCUACAGCUCCAUAUUGAUCCAAAGAACUUCUCAAUGGGAGUUCUUUGGCAUCAGGGGAAAGGGUGGGGUGGGGUGGGGGAUGCACGAGGGCCUCCCCAGCUGUGCCAGCACUUGUCAGCAAAAUCAGCUUCUGUGACUUUUAAACAACGUUCUUGGAGCUGAUGUGUGACUGUGAUCCCAGCAGUGAACCCAAAGACAAUGCAUAAACAAACGGAUCAUGUAACUUAGCGCUCAGACUCCCC